AUGCCCAAAUACAGACUCUACAUAAAAUUCGACAUCAACACCGACCCCGUCGAACAACGCUACUAUCACGUUAGAAACCUGAUAAAAGCCAAAUUCGGCGCCGUAGGCGCCAUGAAUUUCGGACAGAUUUUCGAGAAUCUACAUGAUUGGCCUCUUGUUCAGGUUAUUUAUUUCGGAGCAGCCGAGAAUAUCCCGUUGGAGGUCCUGCAGGCUGUGAAGCUGGGCGAUGGUAUCUCGACUACUAUUCAGCAGAUUGAAUAGAAGGGAUGUCUUUCUUAAGGCUCUCAUGCUCUCAUACGAUCAACUUCACCAAGUCCGUUCAUACAGAAGAUGAAGGAUCGAGUUCAGGGAAACGGUCUUACCACCGUCAAUACCGGGAUCCAUGAGGAUAGGGGCAUGGGGUACAUAAUGGACUUUCCAAGGCCGACGAGCCAGCGGGUAUUGAAUUUUAUAUGCCUACGAAACCUAAUCUUCCUUUCCAUACAUGCCAGCACAUAUACAUAAACCCUAAAAUGUGUUUCCGCGCGUCUCCUAUGAACCUCGCCCUCUCUACCUUCUCCAGAUAAAACAACCAACCAAUCUCAUUCCAAC